AUGCCCCAGCAAACAGCACGCGGUUGCAAGCACGCGCUCUCCAGCGCGCGCGAGCCAGCCAUCCUACUGCAGCCACCAGUAACGCGCUGCUCGCCUCACGGAUUUCUCCAAUACACGAAAUGCGUAAGGCCGCGUCCACACGUUUGGACUCAUUUCCGCCCCUGCUUCCCCUCAUUUCCGCCCCUGCUUCCCCUCCUUUCCCCCCACGCAUCCCCUCAUUUCCGCCCCUGCUUCCCCUCAUUUCCGCCCCUGCUUCCCCUCCUUUCCCCCCACGCAUCCCCUCAUUUCCGCCCCUGCUUCCCCUCAUUUCCGCCCCUGCAUCCCCUCAUUUCCGCCCCUGCUUCCCCUCCUUUCCCCCCACGCAUCCCCUCAUUUCCGCCCCUGCAUCCCCUCAUUUCCGCCCCUGCUUCCCCUCCUUUCCCCCCACGCAUCCCCUCAUUUCCGCCCCUGCUUCCCCUCCUUUCCCCCCACGCAUCCCCUCAUUUCCGUCCCUGCAUCCCCUCAUUUCCGCCCCUGCUUCCCCUCCUUUCCCCCCACGCAUCCCCUCAUUUCCGCCCCUGCUUCCCCUCCUUUCCCCCCACGCAUCCCCUCAUUUCCGCCCCUGCAUCCCCUCAUUUCCGUCCCUGCCUCCCCUCCUUUCCCCCUUGCUUCCCCUCCUUUCCCCCACUUCUUCCCCUCCUUUCCCCCACUGCUUCCCCUCCUUUCCCCCACUGCUUCCCCUCCUUUCCCCCACUGCUUCCCCUCCUUUCCCCCACUGCUUCCCCUCCUUUCCCCCACUGCUUCCACUCCUUUCCCCCACUGCUUCCCCUCCUUUCCCCCACUGCUUCCCCUCCUUUCCCCCACUGCUUCCCCUCCUUUCCCCCACUGCUUCCCCUCCUUUCCCCCACUGCUUCCCCUCCUUUCCCCCACUGCUUCCCCUCCUUUCCCCCACUGCUUCCCCUCCUUUCCCCCAUUGCUUCCCCUCCUUUCCCCCACUGCUUCCCCUCCUUUCCCCCACUGCUUCCCCUCCUUUCCCCCACUGCUUCCCCUCCUUUCCCCCACUGCUUCCCCUCCUUUCCCCCACUGCUUCCCCUCCUUUCCCCCACUGCUUCCCCUCCUUUCCCCCACUCCUUCCCCUCCUUUCCCCCACUGCUUCCCCUCCUUUCCCCCACUGCUUCCCCUCCUUUCCUCCACUUCUCUGCCUCGCCUUUCACCCCGUGCUUCCCCUCCUUUCCCCCACUGUUUCCCCCACUGUUUCCCCUCCUUUCCUCCACUUCUCUGCCUCGCCUUUCACCCCCGUGCUUCCCCUCCUUUCCCCCACUGCUUCCCCUCCUUUCCUCCACUUCUCUGCCUCGCCUUUCACCCCCGUGCUUCCCCUCCUUUCCCCCACUGCUUCCCCUCCUUUCCUCCACUUCUCUGCCUCGCCUUGACCCCCCGUGCUUCCCCUCCUUUCCCCCACUGCUUCCCCUCCUUUCCUCCACUUCUCUGCCUCGCCUUUCCCCCCCGUGCUUCCCCUCCUUUCCCCCACUGCUUACCCUCCUUUCCUCCACUUCUCUGCCUCGCCUUUCACCCCCGUGCUUCCCCUCCUUUCCCCCACUGCUUCCCCUCCUUUCCUCCACUUCUCUGCCUCGCCUUUCCCCCCCGUGCUUCCCCUCCUUUCCCCCACUGCUUCCCCUCCUUUCCUCCACUUCUCUGCCUCGCCUUUCCCCCCGUGCUUCCCCUCCUUUCCCCCACUGCUUCCCCUCCUUUCCUCCACUUCUCUGCCUCGCCUUUCACCCCCGUGCUUCCCCUCCUUUCCCCCACUGCUUCCCCUCCUUUCCUCCACUUCUCUGCCUCGCCUUUCACCCCCGUGCUUCCCCUCCUUUCCCCCACUGCUUCCCCUCCUUUCCUCCACUUCUCUGCCUCGCCUUUCCCCCCCGUGCUUCCCCUCCUUUCCCCCACUGCUUCCCCUCCUUUCCUCCACUUCUCUGCCUCGCCUUUCCCCCCGUGCUUCCCCUCCUUUCCCCCACUGCUUCCCCUCCUUUCCUCCACUUCUCUGCCUCGCCUUUCCCCCCCGUGCUUCCCCUCCUUUCCCCCACUGCUUUCCCUCCUUUCCUCCACUUCUCUGCCUCGCCUUUCCCCCCCGUGCUUCCCCUCCUUUCCCCCACUGCUUCCCCUCCUUUCCUCCACUUCUCUGCCUCGCCUUUCCCCCCGUGCUUCCCCUCCUUUCCCCCACUGCUUCCCCUCCUUUCCUCCACUUCUCUGCCUCGCCUUUCCCCCCCGUACUUCCCCUGCUUUCCCCCGCUGAUUCCCCUCCUUUCUUCUCCUCAUCCCUCCUCACCCCAUCCUUUCUUCUCCUCAUCCCUCCUCACCCCACCCUUUCCUCUCCGCAUCCCUUCUCACCCCAUCCUUUCUUCUCCUCAUCCCUCACCCCAUCCUUUCUUCUCCUCAUCCCUCACCCCAUCCUUUCUUCUCCUCAUCCCUCCUCACCCCGUCCUUUCUUCUCCGCAUCCCUUCUCACCCCAUCCUUUCUUCUCCUCAUCCCUCACUCUACCAACUGGUUAUUGA